CUCACUUGUGCAGCAACAAAUCGAAAUGCACCAUCUUCGAAGAAAUGAAAGCAUUUGUAGCAAUUUCACUUCUGUGAUUGGGUUUACUAAACACUCAUCAUUUGAUUUAUACUGGUCAACAGAUGACUUUAUUAAGAUCAUGGCAAGAGACAAAUUUAUGAGAAUCCUGUCCAUUUUCCAACUUCUGGGCAACUCCAAAAUGAAACCAAGGAACCACCUUGAGCAUGAUCAGCAACAUACUUUUGAAGACAAGUCAAGACAUGAUCAAGCAAAUCUUCAGUUUUUCACCUCUGACCAAAGACAAAGAAAGGAAAACAAUAAAGACAGUGAUAAUGAAGAAAAGAAGAAUAACUGUAAGCAAAUUCAAUUUGAUUCUAAAGAAAAAAUUUUAGAAGAGAAUAAAGUGACAAAGGUCUUGUUAAAAGAUUUGAUAAAAGAUACAAAGACUGACUCUGAAACAUCUCCUGAAAUGUUUGAAGAAAUUCAGAAAGAAAACUUUGAAAAUAACAGUGAUAAAAAGGCUGGAGUAUCUCCGAUUUGUGAAGAGAAAAUAAAUGACACAAAAGUAACAGUUAUAGCAGAGAGUUUUGUUAAAGACAAGAUUUUGGAUCAAGCAAAACCAACCGUUCAAAGGUCAAAGAUUACAAUUAAACUUACUGGUAAAACAGGCAUAAAGCCACUUCAGUAUCCUGUGUUAUCACCUUGGAUGUCUACAAGUAAAAUGCCUGGUCCAAAUAAAGCCCAAUCAGCUAAAGUAAGUUCUGACAAAAAAAUGUGGUCAACUAAAGAAGUUGAAAGCCAAUUAUCUCUUGAUGAUUUCUUGACAUGUUCAAACAAUCAUGGUAGUGACCCAGUUGCUUCAGAUAUAGAGAUUGAUGAAGAAAAAACUAACAUUAAAAUAUCUAAUCUAAGCACUUGUAGACAAUCAGCUGAUACUUCCAUUCUACAAGAAUCUAUUGAUGAUAGUGAAAAUAAAAAGUCUCAGGAAUUCUUACCAGAUUCACACAUGUCUACAACAAUGCCUGUCUCUGUUUCCCAAGUGUCUGGUAGCUGUCUUCUCCCGAUCGGUGUUUUAGCAACAACACCUUUUCCACCUUCCCCACCUGAAAGUACUUGUAGGAAUUCCAGUAAUGUUUUUGAGGGUACCGAUAGCUCUGAUUUGUGUAUUUCUCUAGCAGUUGACCAAAAAUCAAGUAAUGUGCAUGAAUCAGAUAAAGAGAGUGAAACUAAGGUUAUUUCUGAAAGCAAAAAUGGAGCAAGAACUUUGUUGAGCCAACAUAAAGGUACAAUACAGUUGCCAGUAUCCACUGGUGCCAAGUUCUUCACAAGAGAUCUUGAUAAGAGGCUCCUAGGGGUUGAUUCUACUUCUCAGGUUUCUAUGGGAAAAAUACACCAUUCUCCUCCAUCUGUUUUCCAGAUUACAGAGACUAAUGAUGCUAGUUUAUAUCAGACUGAUAAAGAAAACAUCACCUUGCAUUCUUCUGUCACUCUUGAAGGAAAUCCAAGCAAUGGCAGUCCCCCUGUUAUCCAAGAGACAUCUCUGCUUGUAAACAAAGAAAACUUCCCAAAAAUAUGCAGUAAUAAUGUCUCUGACCCUUUAGCAAGCAGUACUUCUACCUUAUUUGAUGAGAUAAACUCUAAAAGUUGUUAUAGCAUCUCUGCUUUACAUUCUGAAUUGUCAUCUGUUCCUAGCAAACUCCAGUUGUCUGAUAACUUUGAACUGCCAAGAAAAUAUUCUGCUAUGGAGACAGCACCUUCAAACCUCUCUGCAAUCAACACGGGGGAAAUAAAAUCUGAUCAUUCUGCUGUCUCUUCAAAAUCAGAUGCAAAAAGCAAUUUUAUGGAAAACAAAGACAGUUUGGUAACAUUGUUAAGCAAUAGUACUAGGUCUGAUAUGAGAACAGUUGAUUCCAGUACAGUUGAGCAAAAUAUUUCUUUGAUUCCUUUACCAACUUCUAUGAGCAGUUCUUUAGCUAAUAUAUGGGAUAUUCCUCUCCCUUCUAAUCUACAAUCUGAGUGUCAACCCCCAACCCAUGGUGUAUUAAUUCGAGAAUCUGAACACAAUUAUGCUAUCAGACUUAUGGAAAAUUCAGAUGGUGUUUUGCACCCUGUGAAAAGAGCUCCAUUGCAACAUGAUGAUAAAAAUGUUGAUAGUGAUGAUAGCAACAACGAUAUAAGUAAUAACAGCUGGAAAGCACAGUCUUUUGUGGCCCAAGCAUAUUUAUCACAUAGCCAGUCUGAUGAUGAAGGAGAGACAAGUCAACUGAGUAUCUCAUCAGAAAAUGACUCUAACAAUUCCCUUCCUCAGCAGUGUUCUCAGUCUUCAGAGAGUAAUGAUACCAUUUCUCCACCAGUUCUAGAAGCAGAAGGAAGACAAAGCUGUCUAAUUCCUAAUGAGGAUUUAAGCAACAAUGACUCACCUCCGCCCCUUACUGCUGAAGUACCCUGUCUCUCACCUAGUGUCUCACUGCCAUGUUCCACAUCAUCUGUGAUACCAGUAACUCUGGUUUGCAAUCCACCUUGUGAGAGUAAAACUUUAUUUACUACACCAAACACAUUGUCUAUUGACAACACAUCAUUGCUGAAUAACAUGUCAAUUCUUAACUUAGAUUCAGUUAUUAGGAGUCAAGCUAACUCUAUCAAUCACACAUCUAAGACAUAUUCUUCUAAUGACAGGAAUGUAAAAAGUAUUAAAAAAGUGGUUCUUUUGAAAAAGCCAGUGCAAAAUAUUCCUUCUCGCCAUCUACGUACAUCCCGAAAAUCUCAAUCAAAACAAAAUGAUGUGAAACUUUUAAAAGUAGAUAAGGUAGAUCAAGAAAAAAUCAUUGUAAAAGUUACAUCACGCACAUCAGAAGGUGUACCUGUGAUAAGCCUGACACCAGCAACAUCAACAGCAAGCUAUACCACAUCAGGUCUCUCAUCUUCAUCAGUUGCAACUACUUCAUCUUCUGGUUCAAACUUUACAGAAAUCUCUGAAACUGAAACUGCUGAUAGCUCAUUACUAGAAGCAGCUGCUAAAAAGGCAGAAACACUACCCAAAAUGUUCAUGCCUACAGUAGUCCUUCAUGAUAUUAAAUACACAAUGGGUAAGGAUUUAUCUCCAAUGGCAACUAUUCCUUCAUCUAUAGAGAACAUUCCAAUCUUUGAUUCUGAAAAUGAUGAUUCUGACAGUGAUGUAAAAUUUGAAUCACCAAAGAAGUCGUUUGAGUCACAACGCCAGCUUGAAAUUGAGUCACCUUCAAAAACUUUAGAAACAUUUGAUCCAUACAUGUUUCUGAACAGACCUACAAAACCUUCUAUACCGUCCUCUAGCUAUAACACACAGUUGACAAAUGAGAGUUCUACUUUAUUUAGCAUAGGUCCUUGUGGUACUAGUGCUACUGGAAGAGUGACUGCAGAUUCACUUCCAUCUAUUGACAAUCAGUCAAUGAUAAGUAACAUGUUUGAUGUAACUGAUUGUAAGUUUGCUUUUCCUGAUGUUUUCUUAGAGAAUGGUGAGCCUGAAACACCUCCAAAAAUAUCAAAUGUUGAUGUACUAGGCCCUGGACUUCCUUUUGAAACAUCUAGUAAAAGCAAUAUUGCUCUUGGUUUGGAUAUCUUGAAUGAGUUUUAUACAGCUGAGGGAACUGAAGAUUCAGGUUAAUACUCUUAUCAGUGGGAUAGAUAAUCGGUGAUUAAAGUUUUUCUCUCAAACUUUUUGUCUGUAUAAGUCUAUUAUUAUUAUAACCUCUUGCAAUAGAUAGUAUAUUAGGCACAGAUAAUUUUUUAUAUUAUGUUAUAAGAUAUUUUGUUCCUGCCUUUUGGUGUUGUUAUUAAUCAUCAUCAUCAUCAUCAUUAAUAACAAUAACAUUGUGGUUGGUAUUCUAUAUAUUUUGUUCUUUUUUAGCUAGAAUCAUCAGAUUCCAUUAUAAAAUCAUUUUUGUUGCAAAUAUGUUAGAAAAUUAUUCUACUACAUUGAACUCAUGAAUUUUAUCACAGUUUUCCCUAUAUUUCUGACAGAAAAUACUACUUGUUUUUAAAGUGAUUAACUGCCUUAACUACACUUAUUUCAUCAACUUCAAGCCCCGAGUGCUAUGUUAUUUUGUAGCUAGGAAGGUAACCCUAAAAACUUAUGCUUCCCUAGGAUUAAACUAUCAGCUCUUUGGGGAUUGGUUUUAGUAUGUAUAAUUUGCUGAGAGUAAUCUUGAAUAUUUGGUAGGGGAUUGCCAAAUAUUAAUCUUGUUCACUUAAAAAUAAGAAAAAAGUUGUGAACAACAAAUAAGGUAUGAUUUAAUGGACAAGACAUGGAAUGUACAGUAGGUUGUCUAAAAGGUAGGUUAUAUAAGAAAUAUAUGAAAAGUUUAAUGUAAAAGAAAUCUUACUGGUGAAGUAAUUAAUUCCUGAAAGAUUACUGAUAGUAAUUAUGUUAUAAUUAUAUCCUCUUAGUUUAGUGAUUUGUAUUAACCAGACAUAUUGUAUGCUAAUUAUUGAGGCUAACUAGAAAUUUUUAUGAGAGCCUUAUUAAACAAUGGAAGCAAUAAGAUAUGCAAUUCUUUAAAUGAUUUGAGCAGUAAUGAAUAAUUACCUUUUCUAGGUUAAGAUAUUUUCUAAAUAUUGGUGAAAUUACACAUGCAGUUCUUCAAAAUUAUGUUUCAUCAGGUUUCUACUUAACUGUCAGUAUUCACUUAAUUCUUAUUUUAUUCCUCAUUUUCUUCUUUUUGUUCUGUUAUCUCCAUGAAACUGUUCAGCACAUGCAGAGGUUUUAGCCAGUAUCCAUAUAAUUGCUGUCAACUCAUAAAACUUCAACUUUACAUGAAGUGUUCAUUUAAGUAUGUAUCUAUUAGUCAUUAAUAACUGAUUAUCUUAAAAUUUAAAAUAGGACUGAUAUACAAGUUUCAAGCUCCUUAACAAAUCAGUUACCAUUUUGUUAUUACCAAAAAUUGAGGCAAUACUCUACUGUACAAAAAAAAUGAUUUUUAACUCAAAACAUAAUAGCUAACAAAACAUCUACUGGAUUUCCUGUUUCAUUGACGAAACUGGGUAGAUAAUUAUUUGAAAAACCAAUGAUACAACUUUCCAUCUACAAAACCUAUAUGUAUAUACACUGAAAUAUAGAUAUUUUUUUGUCUGUACAAAAUCAUGAAUUAAAAGCAAUCACCAAAUCUUCUUUAA